AUGGAUGUGGGCAGGCCAGCCCUGCCCCUGAAUGGGCAUGGCACAGUUCCCACCCAUCAUCAAGGAGAGGAGAUUAUUCAGGGAUGUGAAAAGCAGCAGGUGGAGCUCAUUCCGGAUCCAAAUGAAGAUACAGAAUGGAAUGAAAUUUUAAGAGAUUUUGGCAUUCUUCCUCCAAAAGAAGAGCCAAAAGAUGAAAUUGAAGAAAUGGUUUUACGUUUACAGAAAGAAGCAAUGGUUAAACCAUAUGAAAAGAUGACUCUUGCACAGUUGAAGGAGGCUGAAGAUGAAUUUGAUGAUGAAGAUAUGAGAGCUAUUGAAACAUAUAGAGAAAAGCGGUUACAGGAAUGGAAAGCUCUUAAGAAAAAACAAAAAUUUGGAGAGUUAAUAGAAAUUUCUGGAAAUCAAUAUGUGAAUGAAGUCACAAAUGCAGACAAAGAUGUAUGGGUUAUAAUUCAUCUAUACAGGUCAAGCAUACCAAUGUGUUUGUUGGUUAAUCAGCAUCUUAGUCUUCUAGCAAGAAAGUUUCCAGAAACUAAAUUUACUAAAGCCAUCGUGAAUAGCUGUAUUCAACACUACCAUGAUAAUUGUUUACCAACGAUUUUUGUUUAUAAAAACGGUCAGAUAGAAGGCAAAUUCAUUGGAAUUAUAGAAUGUGGAGGAAUAAAUCUCAAGCUAGAAGAACUUGAAUGGAAGUUAGCAGAAGUUGGAGCAAUACAGACUGAUUUGGAAGAAAACCCAAAAAAAGGCAUUAUAGAUGUGAUGGUAUCUUCAAUAAGAAACACUUCUAUUUAUGAUGACACUGAUAGUUCAAACAGUGAUGAUGACGAUACCAAGUAGAGGGAAAUAGUUAAUAAAUAGCUUU